AUGGCGAAAGGAUAUGAUUUUCUUAUAGUCACAGCCGAAAUCCCGGUCGUAAUCUUGGACGAGUUCGUGCCCAACAUCAACACGGACAACCCUAGCGAAAAGAUCAUCUGGAAAGUUGUGGCUGCUAAGUGUACCUAUCCCUACGACCUUAUCAGCCUCGCGCUCUCGCCAGGCACUAAGUUCCUGGCUACCAGCGACUAA